GUAUCAUUUUGAUGUUGGCUUUCCCCAGGAACACAAGCAGCAAAAUGAGCAGCAUAAGAGUAAAAUCUCCAGUGAUACUCGCUUUAAUUUGUGGUCUAUAUCUAGGCUUACAGCAUGCCAAUGCAUUCCCGCAAGAAGCUUUUACUGCUGACGAUGACGAGGAAAUAGUGACAAGGGUUAUUGAAUAUAACGCAACUGUUGCAGAAAAUGAAAUACCAAUCCACGUACCUGUUACUGGUGAUGAUGAAGAUUCAAGUGACGUUGAGUCCUCCGAAGAGUUCUUCUAUCUGCCAGACAUAUUUAACACGCCAACAUAUCGUCUACAAAUUAGAUAUUUUAGGCUCAUACAAGAUUACGUCAACAAACUUAUAACUGAAGGACGAGAUUUUGUUGAGGCCACAUUGACAGCAAUGAAUACGCUGCCAGAGUCUUUCGGUCUCAGUGGAAAUUUAACACGCAUGAGUAACUUAUUGGAACGCAUUGAUAGUCAAGAUUUAUCGAAAAAUGAUUUGGCUGCGAUAAUUGAGAAAACCGAAAUUACCGAUGAACUAGCGGAUUUGUAUGGGGAUUUCCUGGCCAUUAUAGACGGACUCUCUGACGACGAUGCUCUUGUAUUAAAGGAAAUAUUUGAUAAAAUCGAUUUGGAUGGCUAUAAUGAACGUUUGGACGAUUUUCUUAAAAAUACGGCCAACAAAAUAACGAAAGUGGCGAAUAAGUUUUUCGACAAAUUAAGCAAAGCGGAGAAACAAAAAUAUGCAGAAUUAAUCAAAUGGUAUGAAGAUUUCAAACAGCCGAAAUCCGAUCUAGACAAAUAUAAUGACGCUGUGGUUUUGGUAAAAUAUCUAUUGACACAUCGCUUUUGAUAAAUUAAGUAUUUUAAAAUUUGGAAAAAAUGUAAUUUUAUGAAACUUAAAACAAGCACAUAUUGUUUUUGAUAAUUAUUAUAUUUCACAAU